AUGAAACUUACAAAAGAACAAUUAAAACAAUAUAAAGAGGAUGGAUUCUUGAUUAUACCAGACUUUGUACCUCACAAUGAAAUAGAUCAAAUAGUUACAGAGAUGAAAAGGUUGGUAGAUAAUGUUGAUUUACCUGAUACAAUACAAUCAAUAUUCACUACAAAUGAACAAGAGAGAAAAACAAAUGAUUACUUUAUGAAUUCAGCAGGUACAAUUAGUUUCUUUUUUGAAUCAGAUGCAAUCAAGAAUGGAGAGUUGGUAGUAGAUAGAGAUGUAGCAUUCAACAAGGUUGGACAUGCAUUGCACGACUUGAAUCCAGUGUUUGAAAAGUUUAGUUAUCAUCCAAGAAUCAAAGAGUUGGUCUAUUCACUAGAGAUCUUUAACAAGGCACUUAGUGUCCAAUCAAUGUACAUAUUCAAGAACAAAACAACUGGUGGGGAGGUUGGUAUUCACCAAGACUCUACCUUUCUACAUACCACUCCUCUUACUACACAUGCCCUGUGGUUUGCAUUGGAAGAUGCCACCAUUGAGAAUGGAUGUUUGCGAGGUCUAGAAGGAUCACACAAACAUGGUAUCAAGAGAAGAUUCGUUAGAAAGGAAAAGGGUAGUAAUGAAAUGACAUUUGUAGGCGAGGAUGACAAAUACAAAAAGGAGGACUUUGCAGCACUAGAAUGUAAAAAGGGAUCGGUUAUCUUGCUAGAUGGAAGUGUUGUACAUUAUUCUGAACCAAACAAAUCUGCCAAAUCAAGACAUGCCUAUACUCUUCAUUUUAUUGAAGGUGAUGGUUCAGCCGUUUAUGAACAAGAAAAUUGGUUACAACGUUCAUCAUCUCAACAACCAUUUAGAGAAUUAUAA